AUGUCGGGUCUUGAUUCUUUGCUGGAGUACAAUGAAAUUGUUAGGCAGAUGUUUGGUAAUGAAGAAGAAGCAUUUCAGUUUUAUAACAAAUAUGGUAAGCAUAAAGGAUUUAGUGUUAGGAGAAGCUACUGUGAGUGGGAUAGUGGCCAUAAUGAAAUUACCCUUCGGAAGUUUGUCUGCAGUCGUGAAGGUUUCCGGGAAGAGAAGGAGCUGAAGAGGGAGAGUAAGAAGCGAAGAAUCAGCGAUGAUCAGAAAGCUGAGAUUUUGGAGAUGCAAAUUUCUGGGAUCCGUAAAUACCAGAUAAUGGAUAUUAUGCAAAAGCAGUAUGAUGGAUACGAUAAGGUUGGAUAUACAAUGAAGGACCUGUACAAUUUCUGCCAUCGCAAUAAGGUGGAGACAGUUGCCGCUGGUGAUGCUCAAACAGUCAUCAGUUACCUCACGGAAUGCAAAUGUAGGGAUCCUGAUUUCUUUUUCCAAUACAAGACUGAUGGGGAAGGGCACCUGAAGGGACUACUCUGGUGUGACUGUCAAUGUCGGUUUGAUUAUGCAGCAUUUGGUGAUGUCGUCGUAUUUGAUAGCACGUACAAAACUAAUCGAUACAACCUGCCCCUUGUUCCUUUUGUUGGGGUGAAUCACCAUGGCAGCACUGUUCUCUUUGCAUCUAGAAUUAUUGCACAGGAGACUAUUGAGUCAUAUGUGUGGAUGCUAAGGACAUUCUCUGAUGCCAUGGCUCGGAAGCAUCCGGUUUCUGUGAUCACUGAUGGAGAUCUUGCUAUGCAGAGAGCAAUCAGGCUGGUGUGGCCGAAUUCAUCGCACAGGCUAUGCAUAUGGCAUAUUGAGCAGAACAUUGUGCGUAAUCUGCACGAAGAUGGCGUCAAGGAUGAUUUCAGACAUUUUCUUUAUGACUGUUGGUCCAUAGAAGAGGUUGGGAGGAAAUGGCUAGAAUUCUUGGAUAAACAUAAUGUUACAGAUAAGGAGUCGUGGCUGUAUCAGAUGUAUGAGAGGAGGGAAAUCUGGUGUGCUGCGUAUCAUGCUGGUAAGUGCUAUUUAGGACUGAGGAGCAACCAACGGAGUGAGAGCCUAAACUCUAGGCUUCAGGUACAUCUAGAUCGUAAAAUGACACUAUUUGAACUGGUACAGCACUUUGACCACUGCCUUUCACGGCUGCGUAGUAAUGAAGCGCAUCUGGAUUUUGAAGCAGAGAAUUCUGAGCCAUGCUUACAACCAGAUGCUUCAAUUAUUGAGAAAGAGGCUGCGAAAUCGUUCACACCAGGAGUUAUUUCCAAGGUGCAGUUCAGCAUAAGAGCAGCCAGCAAGUGUUUUAUGAUUGAGCACCUAGAUGGCUAUGAUAUGCAGACGUAUAUUGUUGGAAAGGUUGAUAAAGGAGACAAACAAUACUUUGUGAAAUGCGAGAUAUGUGUAGAUGAAGGCAAUGUGAAGGGAAUAUCUUGUUCUUGUCUUAAGUUACAAUCCCUUGGAACCCCCUGCUCACACAUCUUCUUUGUAUUGGGCUAUCGCGAAGAUCGCGAGCUUCCAGGAUGUUGUGUUUUGAAAAGGUGGACAAGGGGCGCCAAAGCUGCAUUCGCUCCUAUAAGGAAGAGCACCAUGUAUGACUACUCUGAUAGCCUACACAGGUACCGUGAGCUACGCAAUAUCAGUCACACGGCAUCCUUUGUAGCAUCUCGGUCGCUUGAAGCAUAUGAGUGUCUGAAACAUGUUCUGCAUGAGGAAGCUGCUAUGAUCCCACCUAAUGGAGGAGAUAACGGAGGCAACAGUUAUGGUCCAGUGCUGCCGCAAGCACAGGAUGUUGGUUCCACAGUGUCCACAAAUGUCUUGGAUCCCAUGCAUGUGCCUGGCAGAGGGGCCCCAAAGAAAAAGUUGAAGAAACAAAGCUCCCUGAGGAUGUGCUGGAUAUAUGAGUUACCAAUGAUCCGCUUGCUGUGGUCAGUUGACCUGAUUACCACAAUUACAAAGCUGAGCUCCUUCGCCUAG